ACGACAUAUAUUGUAGAAUGACCUUUAAUCCGGAUUAGUAACAACCGUAGUUAGUGAAUUCUUUGAUUCGAUUGGUAUAUUCUUUUAGAUCUAAAAAUAUACUCUAAUCGGAUUCGAGACUGCACUAACUACAGUAGUUACUAAGCCGAAGUUAGAAGCUGUGUAAACGUAGUCCGUAAAACACCGUGUGUCGUUGGAAUUACUUGCAUAUCUGUUUUUCUUUUAUGAAUUAAUUAAAGUCGAUUGUCCAGUGCUGAAUUGUGAAAGAAAACAAAAGCACGAAAAUGAGUAAUUCAACUAUUUCGGAUCAAUCACUAAUGGAUAAAUCGAUGCGAAGUGUCUUCGUCGGGAAUAUCCCGUACGAGGCUACAGAGGAGAAUCUGAAGGAUAUCUUUAGUGAAGUUGGACCAGUUCUUUCCUUCAAAUUGGUCUUUGAUCGUGAGACUGGCAAACCUAAGGGAUAUGGCUUCUGUGAAUACAAAGAUCAAGAAACAGCUUUAAGCGCUAUGAGAAAUUUAAAUGGAUAUGAGAUUGGUGGAAGAACAUUGCGCGUAGACAAUGCAUGUACAGAAAAAAGUCGAAUGGAGAUGCAAAGUUUAUUGCAAGGACAGAAUACUGAGAAUCCUUAUGGGGAAGCAGUUCAGUCAGAUAAGGCACCAGAAGCAAUUAGCAAAGCUGUAGCAUCUCUACCACCAGAGCAGAUGUUUGAAUUGAUGAAACAAAUGAAACUUUGUGUACAAAAUAAUCCUAAUGAAGCACGUCAAAUGCUACUCCAAAAUCCUCAAUUGGCAUAUGCUUUGCUUCAAGCACAGGUAGUAAUGAGAAUAGUCGAUCCUCAUACAGCAGUCAACAUGUUGCAUAAAGCCAAUCCUAUUCCGGGUAUAUUAGCACCCACGGACAAAUCUGUAGUGCAUCCCAUUCAACCACGGAUUGAAGAACCAUGGGCACCUCGACCUACACCAGCUGUCAAUGCUCCAGCACCUAUUUUUGCAGGUCAAGAUGUGGAUCUUCGAACACUGGACAGACAAAUAGAUCCACGAUUGGCUAGAAUGGAUCAAGAUUUGAGAGCACCUCCUCAAACUCAACCUACUCCAGUCAGCGCACCACCAGUAAUAUCUGUUGCCGCUGAUCCAAGGGCUUCAAAUACAUUUAAUCUUACAGACAACAGCAUUCCUGUGGAGGGAAUUGAGAGUUUCUGUCGUGAUCCAAGAGCUGAUAGAUUUGGUAGAGAUCCGAGAGAUCCUAGAGACCCAAGGAUGCCUAUUGAUCCCAGAAUUACUAAAGCUAAUCCGGUUCCUGUGGCACCACCGAUUGUGCCAAGACCGGUUGCUGCACCAACAAUACCAACGCCAAGUACUGUAACGGGUAAUGCGGCUAGUUCUGCUGCCGUACUCUCGCAGUCCGCGAGUUCUGCCACAUCGAGACUCAUGGCUGGAAUGUCUUCAGCGGGAAAUAUUCCCAGCGGUGCAUCAGAUCAAGAAAAGGCGGCUUUGAUAAUGCAAGUGCUGCAAUUGUCAGAUGAACAAAUUGCAAUGCUUCCACCUGAACAGAGGCAAAGUAUUCUAGUGCUAAAGGAACAAAUUGCAAAGAGUACUCAACGUUGAUGUGUUUUCAUCAAUUUCUAAAUAUCUUUGACAAUGUAUGAUGUAACGAUGUACGAUAUAUAUCUAUCAAUACAUAUACUAUCAACACA